AUGAGUGACAACAAUGAUAAUACCGUAACCAUAGGACGGGCACCGCUGCCACCCAUAUCACAUCUUUUACAUAAUCCUACGCACCACCAAUCACCGCCAUCCACUAAACCAAUCCAACAGCAACAUCCUCGUUCCUUUUCUUCACAAGAUGCUUUAUCAUCGCUACCUCCACUUCAAGGCAACGAUCCACCGGCUCGACGCUCUCAUGUAUAUGACACCCAUUAUGCAGUAGCCCCCUGGCGAAAGAUGUCUUUUGAUCAACAUCCUAUCAUUGACCCAUAUCGACGACAUCAAGAGGAUGAGGAACAAGAAGAACAACAACAACAAGAAACCUCUACCUAUUCAAAUCCCCCACCACAAAGACACACUCGCUCAUUAUCAAUGACAUCAGCCCCACCGGCAUCCUCUUGGAUGGCUGAUGAAGCAACAACAAUGAAGCAUCAUCGCACAGAAGAAAAAGACAUGUUGGUUUCUCGUACUCAGGUGGUAUUUGACGCAUCCGGUCAACCGAUUUUAAAACGUAAAAGGGGUCGACCCCCAAGCAAGCACAACACGUGGCAAGGAGGCUGGGUAUUUCUUGCACCUACCGUAUGGACAGUGCAAUCAUGUCCUCAACCACCUGCACCACCCCCCUCAUCCAAUAUGGAUCCAUCAUCAUCAUCAUCCACCAAAAGCGAUAUGCACGAUUCAAUGACAGCAUUCACAAGCUCAGAUCUUGAUAUGGUUUUACCUAUGCCUAGGAAAAAGCGUGGUCGUAAACCAAAGCACAAUUUGGCUGGCCAUUCGUGCUUUGUAUGGCGAGACAUCCCCACUCAACAAUCCAUUAAGAAAACCACAUCAUUGUAG